AAGUAAUUUUCUAUCACAGUUUAAACCAUUUAUUUAGCAUUUGCACUCCACCAUUUCGUUUACUCAACGUUUAAUUUUUAUGUAUAAUUUUUCUGGUUUUUAGAAUUAAUUAAAACGGACUUUUUUUACCGUCGACUGUGAGUAUUGGAGUAAAAAAUGAGCACGAUCUUGGAUAAACAGGUUCAAUGCCCAAUAGACGGCAGACACACGAUUGCUGAAAGCCAUUUGCAGCGACAUAUCAAACGAUGCAAUACAUUGCCAAAACCAGAACUGCUACCAUAUUACAAAGCAAAUGUGAAUGCACCGUCAUUAAACAAGACGGCCCAAUGUUCCACAACCGAUAAGUUUGAGCUAAGACAAUUGUCUAAAGAUGAAAUUCAGACUUGGGUGUCUAAAUUUAAAACGCUCUUUUCAAAUCUUCCUAUUCCAAAAGAAGAGAUUUAUCACCAUCCUGCUAUGGAUGAAAGAGAGGCAGAAUGCACAAAUAAGAAAAAUCCGGUUCAACAAGCAUCUAUACUAGGCCACAUGGGGCAGUUGGGCUUGUUUAAUAACAAACCCGCAGUAUUCCUUGAGUUUGGAGCUGGAAGAGCAGAAUUAUCGCGUUACGUGCAACGCUGUAGCAAUCAGCCCAACUGGUACAUCCUCAUUGAUCGAGGUUCGGCUCGUUUGAAACACGAUUCACGAAUUGUGAAAGACAUGAAGGAACGUGGGUUUCCCGAACCAUCCAUUACUCGUUGCAAAAUAGAUAUCAAAGAUUUUGACCUGGGCUACUACCUUGACCGAAAGCCAUUUGAAGGCCCUAUCCAUGCAUAUUCUAAGCAUCUUUGUGGAGCUGCUACGGAUCUUACAUUAUCCUGUUUGAAUCAGUGGAAAACGGACACUAUUUUCAUUGCAUUGUGCUGUCAUCACCGUUGCCAAUGGCACCUUCUGAAUCCAACGACAAUGUCCAUUUUGCAAGAAUGGGGCAUUGAUAAUCCACAUGCGUUCCAGGUUUUGUGCCAGAUGACUGGCUGGGCCAUCAAUAGUCUUCGACCCAAUAUCACAGAAUUGGGUGGAGCCGAUACUCAUUUUAGUGGAAUGUGCCACAAAGAUCGUACAGAAAUAGGUCUUAUGUGUAAACACAUUAUUAAUUAUGCUCGAUGUUUGACGCUUUCACGUCUGGGCUACAAUGCUUGGCUCGUAAAGUACGUUAGUUCGAACGCUACUCUUGAAAAUGUAGCAUUGAUAGCUACGAGAAAAGAACAAUAGACUUUGGAGGGAAAUUAGAAGAGGCAUUGCGAUAUUACCUCAUCAAGAAAUACGAUUCUACAAAAUUUAAAUAAUAUAAUAUAUUCACUGGUAAUGUCAAAUCUUUGUUCAUAAACAACACUCCUCUUCAUUUCGUACGUAUAAUUAAUAUUGCCUCUAUUAGUAUACUGUAAAUGCAAUGACAUGUCAAUUAGCGAAAUUGUCUCUGAA